GCAACAGACUAUAGCAGAAAGACUUGCGCAGACACAGAGAAAAGGCGGAAGUUUUUGACUUUCAGUUUUCAGUCUAACUCUACAGAUUGGAAAGUGUUGAAACUGUGCUUUAAGUUAUGAGCUCGACAGGAGAAACUGUGACUGUGAUUACAGAGGGGACUGCUGCAGCUGGUACUCCUCAUGCCCCAGAUCAAGCAAAAGGCUCCUUCAAAUGCCCUCUAAGUGACCACCAUAUCCACCGAGAAGAUGUGAGGAAGGUGUGGAAAGAAUGCCAGGACGAGAGCUUCUGGUACAGAGCUCUUCCUAUCUCCUUGGGUAGCAUGGCUGUGACUGGUGGUCUCAUAUACAAUGGUGUUUGGAAGUCUUCCCGACGCUUUGGUCCAUUUCCUAAACUUGCAGUUGCUGGUAUUCUUGGAUAUGCAAUUGGGAAAGUAUCUUACUUUGGAACCUGUCGGAACAAAUUCCAGGAGCUUGGUGUUAAACCUGGCCCUGGGGGUCCUUGGGGCGCUGGAGGACCUUGGGGUGCUGGAGGUCCCGGAAGCCAGUUUGGACCAUGGGGCUCUGGCCCUGGGCACAGAUCCUGUGGACAUGUGUGUGAAGAAUGUAAGAAAAAGGGUACAGCUGCAGCAGCAGAUAUAGAUGCAGCAGGGAAGCUGCAAAGCUAGAGAAUCGCAGACGAAACUGUGUGGAACAUAUGUAUACUCAUUAUUUACUAAACACAAAUCAAUAUUCAAACACAAAAGUUCCAAAACACAGUAUUCAACUGUUGGGUGUUUUUUUUUUUAUGGAUUCUGCCUGACAAUGACGACAGUGUGGCCACAUGACCAUUAGAGGGAGGUAAUGAUGCUUUGUUGGUUUCAUUCAUAAUCAUCACUGAGCUCUUAUUGUGUAACUCUUUGUCUGUAAAAUAAAUUACAUUUGAUGCA